UUCUUUCAAUGACAUCACACCCAAGUGCAAGUUUCCAACAUGGCGUCCAGCCGGGUGGCUGAGAGGAGGGAGGUCCAGGAGGAGCCGAGGAGAGCUGCUGCUGCUGCUGCUGCGACCGCAAAGCCUUUUGACUUGUGCCUCCACAAAUACUCCCUGCUCAUCAUCAUAGGACGGACCGCUCAGCUCAGACACACUGGACCCAUCAGCGGGGACAUUGAGCGAGGUAUUCGCUCAUGGGACGUUGACUUAAAAUCCUGUAACCUGAACCUCUAUCUCCAAGAAUUUCUCUCCCAUCACACGGCGUCUUUCAAGGGUGCAGGGCAGAAGUGUCUGCGCCACAGUACCAGAGUGUUGGACACUCAGGUGCUGAUCAGUCCAUCUCAGGAACAGGUUCACUCAGAGGUGUUUGCUCUGCUGUCCAGGGAAUCGGCCCAUAAGCUGUUGAUCUUGGCCGGCCAGAGCGCGGAGGAAAGUGGCGACCUGCUGUUUCACAAAGGACUGUUCUCACCACACCAACUGAAACAAAUACUAACAGAGCAGUUCAUAGAUGAAGGAGAGAGCUCUGCCUCCUCCUCCAAACUCAGUCUGACCCUCAGCUGUCCCAACAUCGGCCAGUGGAGGAAGACUCUCUUGGAGAACCGGCCUCUGCAGGGUCCUUUAACGCUGCACAUCAAUCCCCCAGAGGUGCUGCCCGUCAUGGAGGCCCUGGGGGAAUUCACCUCCCUCAUCUCUGGUACCCUGUCCCCUCCGUCUCCCUUCGACCUCCUGCCUCCUCCAACCACCGUGGGGUUUCUGAAGCUGUCACGCCCCUGCUGCUACGUGUUCCCCGCCGGCCGCGGUGACUGUGCCUUUUUUGCUGUCAACGGGUUCACGGUGCUGGUGGACGGCGGCUCGGACUCUCAGGCCUGUUUCUGGAAGCUGGUCCGCCACCUCGACAGAGUUGAUGCGGUUUUGUUGACGCACAUCGGGACAGAGAACCUCCCCGGGGUCAACGUCUUCCUCGAGAGGAAGGUGGCUGAGCUGGAGCUGAGCUCUGAUAUCAAAGAGGACUCGUCUAAGAGGACCAUCUCCCCAGAGCUCGGAGUCGUGUUUUUUAACGCCCCCAGCAGGCUGCAGGUGGAGGAACAGCCUUGUUUGGACAAUGUACUGAAGAGCACGCACCAGGCGGCCCUAACCCUACAGCUGUUGAAGAAGUUAGACAUCAGACCACAUCCAUUGUUUCGCCCGCAAGGGGUCCCCAUUGAGCCGCUAACCCUGUUCCAGAAGAUGGGAGUGGGACAGUUGGAUUUAUACAUCCUCAACCCCGGCAAAAACAGCCAGGAGUACCAGACGUUCAUGCAAAACUGGCCUGACGCCGUGUCAUCAGCAUCCAAAUCCCAAACUCUCCCUCUCACCGCCCUGGCCUCAGUGUCUGCCCUGCUCGUGUGGCACCCAGCGUGCCCCCAGGAGAAGGUGGUCAGGGUGCUGUUCCCUGGUGUCACCCCACAGGCAAAGCUCUUGCAGGGGCUGGAGAAGCUGAAGGGGCUGGCCUUCCUCCAGAAACCCACGGUGACCACCGGGGAUAUGGAGAAGCUGGGGGAGGACAGAAAGACACUGAGGACAGAGAGCCAGGACAGCGGAAGGUCACAAGGGAAGGAGUCAAUGCCCAAACACGGAAAAGAGCGGGGAGUUAAAGAAGAGGGACUGGUAAGGGAAAAGGGAAAAUUAUUAAAUGGAGUCGCUACAAGAGAUGUUGAUAAAACCAGAAUCAAAGAGACGGGUGUAAAGCAAAAAGGAGCAACGUCAGAGAAGAGUACCUCAAAGAAAGGAGGAGGGAAGGAUGGGAAAAAGGAGGAGAAGCCGGGAAAUAAAGAGGAGAACGAUGUUAUGAGGAACGAUCAGGGGAAAAAGGAUGUUCUCCCUUACAAACCAAAGAACGAAAAUAAAAUCAAGCUCAAAAAGGAAGCAAAAAAUGACUCUAAAACAGGGGUGAAGAAAACAAGAAAACCAUCAGGAAAGGAGGCAAAUAAUGGCAAGAAGUGUGAACUGUCAACAAAACCCGACACUGGGAAUGUGUUGCCACAGCCAGGGGGUAUUGAUACAAAGCAGCAGAAUCAAAAACCAGACAAAGAGUCUGAAGAGAACCCCUGUGGCUCCAAAAUGUCUACCCCUGAGGAUAUGACAGCCGAUUUUCUCAGGCUCCGGGAGGAAACUGAAAGAGGAGAGACGCAGGUGGAAACAGCAGAUAAAGCAAAGCAGAAAAGCAGCGAGUCAGGAAAUGAAAAGAGCCUUGGAGGUACUAGCAAAGAGACGAGCAGUGAAGCUGAUGAUACAUUAGGGGAAGAAGCUGCAGGGAUAAUGGGAGGAAAGUGUGGGGAUAAUGGAGCGAAAGCUGAUGUAGACCUGCAGAAAGCGCCUGUGGACCAGCCUGGAAAUGCUGCCAAACCAGCAAAGGUUAUAGGAUUUCCAUCUCCCCUGAACAAGGCGCCAAAGAACGAGAACACAGUCCAGAUGGACUUAACCCCGACUGAAUACACUCUCCUGGACGGGGCUUUGAGAAACAGCCCACCCUCGCGAUCAUCUCCAGAGGCCCCGGUCAGCGCUGACGAGCAGACCGUAGAGCCCGCCACCCCUGAUUCACGGCCCAACAGUGCAGGCCACACUCCUUACUGUCUGUCCCCAGAUGAUGUGUGGUGCAAUAAAGACACUCUCAGCAGGUUACAGGCCCAGAUGGGUAACUUAGAGUCAGCUGAUGUCAAUGGAUCAUCCAAGCAAAGUGACGGGCAGCCCAAAAGCAACCCAGAGAGCUACACAACCAACAGAGAGAGGCAGCUAAGCUUCCUUUCUUUGGGUUCAUUUAAAGAGGGGCCGUCAGACCCUUCUCCAUCUUUGGCUACCACCACCACCACCACUACGCACUCCAUGCCAGCAGAGGUGAGCUCACCUCAGUCCACAGAGGUAGAUGAAUCCCUGUCCAUGUCCUUGGAGCAGGGACCCACCACUGUAAGCCAGAGAGAGGAUGACAGCGUUCAUAACUCCCACUCCAAUGGUGGCCAUUUUGCUGGGAUGCCUUUACCGGUAAAGAAGCCUCCCAGAUCUUCAGGGCAGGGUUCAGAGAUGGGGCGGCCUCCAGCUCCUAACGCGCUUCAUUUUGAGGUGUCAGCUCACGAUGUGGAUCUGUGUCUGGUUUCCCCCUGCGAGUUCAAGCAUCUCAAACAGCCCGACUCCAGCUCAGGUGCGAGCGAGACCUCCAGAGGAGCUCCACAUCAUCACAGCGGCAACAACAACAACAACCCCAAGGACACGUCGCCCAGCGAGUCAAACGCCCCCAUCUGCACGGAGGACUGCCCGUCCACCACAGCAGAUGGAGGUCUGGACUCGGAUGAGGAUGAGUCGUAUAGCGAGCCGUCUAACUCGCCCCACGAUCUCCGGUCCUGUCAGGCUCUGCCCCCGGACCCUCUACCAGCCCCUCUCAGAGACAGCCCGCCCCUGCCCCCACAUCCUGAUGCGUCCAUGCCCGUUCCUCAGUCUGACUUCGACGCUCACGGGAAGAAAGCUAAAGCGACUGGUAUGCGAGGGAAAAAAAAUCCAGCGGUUAUUGAGGCCUCCCAAAGAUCAGGCUCAGGGAAAAGCAGGACAGGGAACCAAAGUGGAGUCGCAAAGGGGAAUGUUUCUUCUACUCGUACGCCUUCCUCCAGCACCCGCUCAGCACCAGCAAAAUCCUCCCCCAAUCCAGUUUCUCCUCUCUCUCCCGUCACAGGCUCCAAGUCUCCCUCUGUUGGUGACGUCAGCGUGUUCGUGGACCUGGCCUAUAUUCCCUCUGGAGCCUCCUCUUCGACUGUCAGUGUGGACUUCUUCAGAUGCGUCCGCUCCUCCUGUUACAUCAUCAGCGGUGACAGUCAAGAGAAGGAAGAGCUAAUGAGGCAUACACUGGACGCACUACUGGAUGCUAAGAUGUCCUGGACUGACACUAUGCAGGUGACGGUGAUCCCUACCUUCGAGUCGGUGCCGAUGCAGGAGUGGUACCAGCAGACCCAGGAAAGGCAGAAGGAGCUGGGCAUCACCGUGCUGGGAUCCAACAGCACCGUCGCCAUGCAGGACGAGACCUUCCCCGCCUGCAAGAUAGAGUUUUGAGGAGUUGGGGAUGCAGCGAUGGAGGGUGAAUAUGAGCUGAAGGAUGAAACUGCGUGUGUAUGACGGGGACAGAAAUUGAAAUUUAAAAACAGAAAUUAUGGGGAAAUAAAGCGAAUAUAUGGCCCCUUUCUGCACGAACACAACUGACAUGGGACUUUCACCCAAUUCCCUCCUGGUUAAUCACUUCUUUGUGGGCUACUUUUGCAACAAAAAGCCCUUAUUUCUCUUUAUCCAAGGAGAAUACACAUUCCUGUGCAUGAUUUUUUUAGAGAGGAGAGGAGAUCACACUGGCUGCAAGAGAAGCAUGUCGGGCUGCAAACAUGUGGAGCCACAUGAAAGCUGAUGUUGUAGAUUAGUCAAUAUAGUUAGGGGUUAAAGGCACUUUGUGUAGGCUUGUUUUCUUAAUGCAUUCAGCACUGAAGUGUGAUUGUAGUGUGUGCUACGUUUAAGGGCCCAUUUUGCUGCUUUAAUGCAACAUUUAUCAGUCGACAUUAAACGACUACGGAUGCUCCCUAAUGGCAAGAGUUGUGGUCGCAUUGAAUUUCUUUUAUUAACUAAAUGAUAUUCGUCUGAUUAGCACAGAAGAUGUCUAUAUCGUAAAAAGAGAGUCUUACAUUGUACCUUUAAUGAAGUGGCGUUCACAGUGUGUGGUCAGGUGUUUGUUGUGAGCACUGUAAGCAGACAUGAGGUGAGCUGUGCUGUGUGUCGUACCUGCUUUUUAAAAAGUAUCGCGCCGCCGUGGCUUCACUGUUGACCUCCAGAUCUCCGCCGAGCAAACCAGAUUUGACGUAUCUGAUGUUGAGGCAUAAUCUGAGAUUACUGAAUCUGCAAAAAAACUAAUCUGUCAGCAGGGAUUAGAGUACCAGAUUAAAUUUAACAGCAUUACAGCAAUUAUCUUAUUUAGAAAAAAAAUGGUACUCUAGUUGUAAUCCAUUAGAAGUGCUUAAAAUCAGACUAAUCAGGAAUCAAAUAGCAAAUGCUUUUGUAAAAAUAGAUGUUCACUUGUUAAAGAAAA